AUGUUGCGGCCGCUGCUGUUGGCGUGCCUGGCGUGGAGCGUAGGCGCCGGGGCGAGCGCGUGCCCGUUGGCGUGUUCGUGUGAACAGGAGGGAAUGCUUCUCAUCACCGACUGCUCGGAGCUGGCGCUGUGGGCCGUCCCCUCGGACCUGCACCCCCUCACCUCGUACCUAGAUCUCAGCAUGAACAACAUCAGUGAGAUUCCACCCAACAGCUUCCACAACCUGCCCUACCUCACCGAACUGCGACUGUCAGGAAACCAGCUGAGACACAUCAGUGGAUCUGCAUUCAACGGUCUCACCGCUCUCAAAGUCCUGAUGCUGCAGAACAACCAGCUGGAGAAACUGGACAGUGAAGAUCCAUGGGAACUCCCCAACCUGCUCUCACUGCGUCUGGAUGCGAACCUGAUCGCCGAGGUUCCCGCUCAGACCUUCUCGGGAAUGCGCUCCCUGCGCCACCUGUGGCUGGACGAUAACGCGCUGACGGAGAUUCCAGUGAGCGCGCUCAGUGACCUUUCCACCCUGCAGGCCAUGACCCUCGCCCUUAACCGCAUCACGCACAUCCCCGACCACGCCUUCAGGAACCUGUCCAACCUGGUCGUACUGCAUCUUCAUAACAACCUGAUCCAGAGUUUAGGAGAGAACAGCUUCGAGGGUCUGCGCAGUCUCGAAACACUCGAGCUGAACUUUAACGCUAUGCAGGAGUUCCCUGUGGCCAUUCGAACCCUGAACAAGCUGCAGGAACUCGGUUUUCACAACAAUAACAUCAGGCUGAUUCCUGAGAGAGCGUUUGUAGGAAACCCACUGUUACAGACCAUUCAUUUCUUUGAGAAUCCGAUCCAGUUCGUUGGAAGAUCUGCGUUCCAGUUCCUGCCCAAGUUACACACACUAUCCCUGAACGGUGCCACUGAGAUUCGGGAGUUCCCCGACCUUAAAGGAACCACCAGCCUGCAAAUCCUAACUUUGACCCGGGCCGGUCUCACCACCCUGCCAUCUGAUCUGUGCCAACACAUGUCCAGUCUCAGAGUACUUGAGCUGUCUCAUAAUGGGAUCGAGAACCUGCCAAGUUUUUCCCGCUGUUCUUCACUCCAGGAGAUAGGCCUGCAGCACAAUCGAAUCAGACGGAUCGAUCUGAUCACCUUCCAGCGUCUCGCCUCCCUCCGAUCACUAGAUCUGAGCUGGAAUCUGAUGGAGUUUAUUCACCCCGACGCCUUCAGCUCCCUCCAGUCUCUCCUCAAACUGGAUCUGAGUGAGAAUCGGUUAGUGACUCUUCCACUGAUCGGCCUGAGCAGCCUCACACACCUCAAACUGAGAGGGAACACACACCUGUCCCACCCCAUCAGAGAGGAGAACCUACCAAACAUCAGGGUGCUGGAGAUGCCCCAUGCGUACCAGUGCUGUGUUUUCGGAGCGUGCGGUGGGUACAGAGUCGCCCCCCAGUGGGAGGAAACAGCAAACACAGAGGAAGAGGAGCUGCAGAAGAGAGCGCUCGGCCUCGUCCCAAUCCACACCGACUAUGAUCCAGACCUGGAGGAGUUCCAGAGAGCCAUCGAGGAGUCCAAACUCCAGAGCAGUGUGCAGUGCAGCCCCACCCCAGGUCCCUUUAAACCAUGUGACGCUCUGUUCGACGGCUGGUUGGUCCGUUUGGGGAUGUGGAUAAUCUCGGUGGUGGCUCUGCUCGCCAACGUUGUCCUGGUCCUGUCCAUCUUCAUCUCGCCCAGCUACCUGUCGCCCAUCAAGUUCAUCAUCGGCUCCAUCGGCGCCGCCAACCUGCUGACCGGGCUGUGCUCCUGCGUCCUGGCGCUGAUCGACGCCCUGACCUUCGGGGAGUUCGCCACGUACGGCGCACGGUGGGAAACAGGAGCCGGUUGCCGGGCGACAGGGUUCCUGUCUGUGGCGGCGUCGGAGGCGUCCAUCCUGUUCCUGGCGCUGGCGGCGGUGCAGUGCAGCGUCUCGGUGUCGUUCGGGAAGUCUCCGUCUCACGGGAACGUCCGAGCCGCCGCCGCCGUCUGCGUCACGCUCUCGGUGGUGUCGGCCAGCCUGCCGCUCUUAGGUGUGGGGAAGUUCGGGACCACGCCCCUCUGCGCGCCCUCCCCGCUACCCGACGCCCCGCCCACCACGCUGGGGUUCAUGGUGGCGCUGAUCAUGAUGAACUCGCUGUGCUUCCUGCUCAUCACCAGCACCUACAUCAAGCUGUACUGGGAUCUGAUGAGGGGGCAUUUCGACAGCGUGUGGGACUGUGCCAUGAUCAAACACGUGGCAUGGCUCAUCUUCACCAACUGCCUGCUCUACUGCCCCGUCGCCUUCCUCACCUUCUCCUCGCUGCUGGCGCUCGUGCCCGUCGGCCAGGACGUCAUGAAGUCCGUCCUGCUGCUGCUCCUGCCGCUGCCCGCCUGCAUCAACCCGCUGCUCUACGUCCUCUUCAACCCACACUUCCGCGAGGACGCCGGGCUGAUCCUGACCCGGGUGCGGCCGGCGCGGGGACGAGCGCUCGACUCCUUCGUUUCGGUGGAGAUCGAGAAGAGUUCCUGCGACUCCACCCAAGCGCUCGUGCCGUCCGCCUCGGGGUCGGACGCGCCGCUCGAGGGCUCGGUGCCGCUCGUCCCGUGCCGGCUGCCUGUACCCACCCGCCAGGAUCGUAAACGAACCCGUCUCACAUCACGCCGCAGAUUCUGUACCAGCAUGGACGUUAGAAACUCCCCCGGCGCUUCGUGA